AUUAACCCGACCCCAAAUCCCCCCCCCUGCCCCCCACCCCCCCAUAGGGUGGCCCAGGCCUACGUCAACCAGCGCAAGCUGGACCAGGAGGUGAAGACGCUGCAGGCGCAGGCAGCGCAGUUCGCCAAGCAGACGGGGCAGUGGAUCACCAUGGUGGAGAACUUCAACCAGGCCCUCAAGGAGAUCGGCGACGUGGAGAACUGGGCGCGCAAUGAGCUGGACAUGCGCACCAUCGCCACGGCGCUGGAGUACGUCUACAAGGGGCAGCUGCAGCCCGCCUGCUCCUGACAACCCCCCCCCGGGGGUGUGCCCCCCCCCCCCCAAAAAAAAAAAAACACCGAAUAAAGCCGCAGCGAGGGGCGGCGCGGCCCCGGCUGCCCCCCCUAAGCCCCCUCAUCCUCUUUAAGGCUAAA